UCCAGCUGAAGGAGCUCCGCAGCGGAAACAGGGCUGUUGUUGUGAUGGUGGAGCAGGUUGGGCUGUGGCCGUGAAAUAGACAGUAAUGUUAGCGCUGUUUUUAUAGGUUAAUGUGGACGGGGUUUGUUGUGUGAAGGAUAAACCGCUGUUGUUCGCUGUGCUGGAGGCUGUGCGGCCCUGUAUUGAGGAGGCAAAAUGACUGCCAUAAAGCAUGCUCUCCAGAGGGACAUCUUUACUCCCAACGAUGAGCGCCUGCUUAGCAUCGUCAACGUCUGUAAGGCCGGGAAGAAGAAGAAGAAUUGUUUCCUGUGUGCCACAGUGACAACGGAGCGCCCAGUGCAGGUCAGGGUGGUAAAAGUAAAGAAGUCAGACAAAGGAGACUUUUACAAGAGACAGAUGGCCUGGGAGCUUCGUGACCUGGCUGAGGUUGAUGCCAAAGAUGCUAACAAGGAGAAUCCAGAGUUUGACCUACACUUUGAGAAAGUGUAUCGCUGGGUGGCCAGCAGCACAGCAGAGAAGAACUCCUUUAUUUCCUGCAUCUGGAAGCUGAAUCAGCGCUACCUGAGAAAGAAAGUGGAGUUUGUAAAUGUCAGCUCCCAGCUGCUGGAAGAACUUCCUAAAGCUGAAGAGUCGGUUCCCAGUGGCGAGAGCCAGAGUGUUGCCGGGGGUGAUGAGGAUGCUCUGGAUGACUACCAGGAGCUGAAUGCACGGGAGGAGCAGGACAUUGAGAACAUGAUGGAAGUGUGUGAAUGUGCCAUCUCCAACGCCGAAGCCUUCGCUGAGAAACUCUCUCGGGAGCUGCAGGUCCUGGAUGGGGCAAACAUCCAGUCAAUAAUGGCGUCAGAAAAGCAGGUGAACAUUCUGAUGCAGCUGCUGGAUGAGGCUCUCACUGAGGUUGACACCAUUGAGGGCAAGCUGCUGAGUUAUGAGGAGAUGCUGCAAAGCGUCAAGGAGCAGAUGGACCAAAUCUCACAGAGCAACCGCCUCAUUCAGAUCAGCAACACUAAUAAUGGAAAACUGUUGGAUGAGAUCCAGUUCCUAGUGAACUACAUGGACUUGUCUAAAGGACACAUCAGAGCUCUACAGGAGGGAGACCUGUCCUCUCCUAAAGGCAUCGAGGCUUGCAUCAAUGCCUCAGAGGCUCUCCUGCAGUGCAUGAACGUGGCACUCCGUCCAGGUCACGAUAAGCUGAUGGCUGUGAAGGAGCAGCAGCAUCUGUUCGCGGAACUGAGAGACGUGUUCGCCCGACGCCUCACCAACCACCUCAAUAAUGUGUUUGUACACCAGUUCAACCACUUCAGUCACUUCAAAAUGACCAUCCCUCAGUUCUAUAGGUCGUCCUGUCUGUCACUCCCUGGUCAUGACCAGAGCUCCACAUUGUCUCAGCACACGGCAGAACUGACUCUACCGAAGCACAGCCCACUGCACAGAGAUCUGCUCAGAUACGCCAAGCUGAUGGAGUGGCUAAAGAACACACAGAGAGAAAAGUAUGAGGGCCUAUCCAGGACCUAUGUUGACUACAUGACUAGAUUAUACGAGAGGGAAAUCAAGGAUUUCUUUGAAGUUGCCAAAAUCAAAAUGGCUGGAACUACAAAGGAAGGGAAGGGAAAGUUUGCCACGCUUCCUCGGAAAGAGAGCGCUCUCAAACAGGAGACAGAAAGCCUACACGGGAGCUCGGGGAAACUGACUGGUUCCACGUCUAGUCUCAACAAGCUGGCGGUCAGCAGCUCCAACAGCCGCCGCUCACAGUCCUCCUCCCUGCUGGACAUGGGCAACAUGUCCGCCUCCGACCUGGACGUGGCAGACCGGACCAAAUUUGACAAGAUCUUCGAGCAAGUCCUCAGUGAGUUGGAGCCUCUGUGUCUUGCUGAGCAGGACUUCAUCAGCAAGUUCUUUAAGCUGCAGCAGCAGCCAACACUGGCACAGGGGCAGAAUACAGAUUAUCAUGACGGUGUGCCCCAUUCCAGACCAGUGAGCGAGCACAGACACUCCAUAUCUUCAGAGAAGGACAUUGUUCGGCAGAUGAUGAAUAAGAUCUUCCAGAGUAUCGAGACGGAACUGAACAGUCUUAUUGCUCUGGGCGAUAAGAUCGACAGCUUUAACUCGCUCUACAUGCUGGUUAAAAUGAGUCAUCAUGUGUGGACAGCUGAGAACGUGGACCCUGCCUCCUAUCUCAGCACCACCUUGGGCAACGUGCUGGUCACUGUCAAGAGAAACUUCGACAAAUGCAUUUCUGGGCAGAUCAAGCAGAUGGAAGAGGUGAAGAUUUCUAAGAAGAGUAAGGUGGGGAUCCUGCCCUUCGUCACAGGGUUUGAAGAAUUUGCCGAACUGGCCGAGACUAUUUUCCGCAAUGCAGAACGACGGGGGGAUUUGGAUAAAGCAUAUGUAAAGCUCAUUAGAGCUGUCUUCAUGAAUGUGGAGAAAGUGGCCAAUGAGAGUCAGAAGACUCCACGUGAUGUGGUGAUGAUGGAGAAUUUCCACCAUAUCUUCUCCACGCUGUCACGUCUUAAGAUCUCAUGCUUGGAGGCAGAGAGAAAGGAGGCCAAGCACAAAUACACAGACCAUCUGCAGUCUUACGUUAUCAACUCUCUUGGACAGCCACUGGAGAAACUGAACCACUUCUUUGAGGGGGUGGAAGCGCGAGUGGCUCAGGGUGUUCGGGAAGAGGAGGUGAGCUACCAGCUGGCGUUUAACAAACAGGAGCUGAGGAAAGUGAUUAAGGAAUACCCUGGAAAAGAGGUGAAGAAAGGCCUGGACAACCUCUACAAGAAGGUGGACAAGCACCUGUGUGAGGAAGAGAGUCUUCUACAGGUGGUGUGGCACUCCAUGCAGGAUGAGUUCAUCCGGCAGUAUAAGCACUUUGAGGGGUUGAUAAACCGCUGCUAUCCUGGCUCAGGCAUCACCAUGGACUUCACCAUACAGGACAUGCUGGAGUACUUCUCCAGUAUCGCUCAGUCCCACUAGAAAUACAACAAGAGAGAAUGUGUGACUGGUUCACAGACAGUAAGAAUGAUGUUUAUGUGUGUAAGUGUGAGCGAAAGAAAAAGGGAGUGAGUUUAUCAUUAUAAAAUGAUAUGCAGUUGUGUGUAUGUUUAUGUAUAUUAAAUUGAUUUACAUGUAUGAGAUCAACUCCUUUGGCUUUUAACAGCAGCAGCACUGCUGACAUUAACAUCUAAUUCCAAUUUAUUUAAUAAUAGAGAUUAUGUUAAAGUCUCCAUGCUACUCUAUACUGAUCUGUUUGGUGAUGCAACAGAACAUUGACACUAAGUACACUGGUAAAGAAUUUCACUUUAAAAUGACUGAACCUGUUGAUUUUUUUAAAAUUCAAAUUCACUAUCCUUCUCAGUCUGAUGUUCAACUCAAUCUUUGCACUUGUAAUGAAUAACCAAUGCCAAAUGUAAAAUAAAAACCCUACUUAUCUCCA